AUGCCAAAAAGGGCAAGAAUGGAGGCCCGACCAGCGUUAAGCUUUUCGGAUGAGGACAAGGUGGGAACCAUACAGCCACACGAUGAUGCUCUAGUGAUCACCCUCAGGAUAGAAGGGUAUGAUGUGAAAAGGGUGAUGGUGGACCAAGGUAGUGGGGUAGAGAUCAUGUAUCCUGACUUGUACAAAGGGCUGAACCUGAAGCCCGAGGAUUUAACAGCCUAUGAUUUGCCCUUGGUGAGCUUUGAUGGAAAAGUAGUCAUUCCAAAGGGUCAAAUUAGACUACCCGUGCAGGCAAGGUCAAAAGUGGUGGAGGUGAAUUUUAUUGUGGUGGACGCCUAUUCCCCCUACACGGCCAUCAUGGGAAGACCUUGGCUUCACGCCCUGGGGGCUGUUUCCUCCACUCUGCAUAAGAAGGUGAAAUACCCAUCCAGUGACCAGAUUGAAGAGCUCGUUGGGAGUCAAUCCAUGGCUAGGCAGUGCUUGGUGGCCGCCAUUUUGCAUCAACCUGGGGCCGAGUCCUCAACCUUUACUGAGGGGGGCUCAUAG